AAUAAGCACCGAAAGUGUGCGUGCCGGGGGGGGGGACGGAGAGCGAUGAUGUCAUCGGUUUUGCCGGCUGCCAUUGAGAACGUCGGUGGCCGCGGCCGCCCUCCUCUCCUCUUCGCACUGUCCAUCCAUCAUCACGUCAUCUCGCGCACGCUCGUCCGAAGGAGCCCGCUUAUGCUUACGGUGGGACGGUGAUGCGAACCGAAGCACCUUUUGUUGCUCGUGGAUUAUGAUCUGCCGGCAGCGUAGCGAAGCUGCUCCUGCCGAGAAACGAGGAGGAGGAGGCGCAGAAGGGUGUCGACGGCGAGAGGAGGAGGAGGAGGAGGAGGAGGAGGAGAAGCUCCCGAGGCGGAGGGCGAAAUAAUCCACGAGUGUCGUUGGAAACUCGUAAGAAUGGCUGCUAAAUCGGACGGGGUCCUGAAAACGAAGAAGAGCGACGUGGCCUUCACCCCCCUGCAGAACUCGGAGCACUGCGGCUCGGCGCAAGGGCUGCACCCGGGCUGCCGGCCCGACUCCGCGUGCACCGGCGACGGGGACUUCGCCAACGGAGAGUCGCGAUGCUGCGCCAAGUCGGCGCGCGUCCGCUCGGGCGAGGAGCCGCAGAAGUACUCGGCGUGGGACUGCCUGUGGAUCGUCGCCGCAGUGGCCGUGUACGCGGCCGACGUGGGCACCGACGUGUGGCUGUCGGUCGACUACUACCUGCACCGGGACUACUGGUGGUUCGGCCUGACGCUCGUCUUCGUCGUGCUGGGCUCCUUCUCGGUGCAGCUCUUCAGCUUCCGAUGGUUCGUUCACGACUCGGGCGCGGAAUCCGCCGCGGACGCCAAGAAGCUGCUGAGCGGCUCGGCCUCGCACGGCGACGUGAACGCUCCGCAUCCCCCGACCGCCGCGAUGGGCAGCCGCGCUCGGAAACGCUCGGCCUCCUCCUCCUCCUUCUCCUUCUGCGUGUGCUUCUGUCAGUCCCUCAUCCACAUCCUCCAGCUGGGCCAGAUAUGGAGGUACCUCCAUACGAUUUAUCUGGGCAUUCGGAGUCGUCGGAGCGCUGAGAAGGACCGGUGGCGCUACCGCUGGAGGAUGAUCUAUGAGUUUGCGGACGUCAGCAUGCUGCACCUGCUGGCCACCUUUCUCGAGAGCGCGCCACAGUUGGUGCUGCAAUUGUGCAUCAUCAUACAGACGCACAAACUUCAGGCUGCGCAAGGUAUGACGGCAGCAGCCUCCCUCGUCUCCUUGGCCUGGGCCCUGGCCUCCUAUCAGAAGGCCCUGCGGGAGUCUCGGGAUGAUAAGAAACCCGUCACCUACCUAGCUGUGAUCAUUCAAUUCUGCUGGCACUUCUUCACUAUCGCAGCGAGGGUCAUCACCUUUGCCCUGUUUGCAUCGGUGUUCCAACUCUACUUUGGCAUCUUCAUCGUGCUACACUGGUGCACCAUGACCUUUUGGAUUGUCCACUGCGAGACGGACUUCUGCAUCAGCAAGUGGGAAGAAAUUGUGUUCGACAUGGUGGUGGGCAUUAUUUACAUCUUUUCCUGGUUCAACGUGAAGGAGGGACGGACAAGGUGUCGUCUUUUUAUCUACUACCUGGUAAUACUGGUGGAGAAUGCAGCUCUCAGUGCGUUGUGGUACAUCUACCGCUCACCUCACCCCACCGACUCCUUUGCUGUGCCAGCACUCUGCGUCAUCUUCAGUAGCUUCCUCACAGGGGUGGUUUUCUUGCUCAUGUACUAUGCUUUUUUCCAUCCGAACGGGCCACGUUUUGGACAGUCGCCAAGCUGCCAGCGCCUCGACCUGGACGCCGCUGCUCAAUUCUCAACGCUACCGUCGGAGGUCGGCGGCGAUUCCCUGCGCUCCAACCGGGGAGCCGCGGCGACGCUGGAACGCGACGCUGCAAAAUACAUAGAAAGGGACGGCUGCGUGCCGGUGUUUCAGGUGCGACCCACCGCGCCGUCCACGCCGUCGUCUCGUGCUCCGCGUCUCGACGAGACCGUCGUCAAGAUCGAUCUUUGUAGGAACCGCUACCCGGCCUGGGAGCGCCACGUCCUCGACCGUAGUAUACGGAAGGCCGUUCUGGCCAUAGACUGCUCCCUGACUCCUCCGCGGCUGCAGUAUAAAGAUGAUGCCCUGGUACAAGAAAGAUUGGAGUAUGAAACGACAUUAUAGUGCUCUCGGCAGCCAGGAUCAGGCAAAACGGACUGCGGCAAUAAUGUGACGACCAGCUUCAUCUUUCCCCCUUCUUUCUUUGGCAAUGCAGUGACCUUCCGAGGGGAAUUUUGCCAAGGAGGUGAAGCUCAUUCGCUGUCUCCUGAGGUUCCUACGGUUUUUUU